AAAGAAAAUGGCUGCGCCCUGCUACGAAGGUGUAGAACAGUAACAAGUUGAAAACAGUUGUGGCGAAAUUUCUUUUGAUAAACAGUUUCAGCACUUGAAGAAGCCAUGUCACUAGCUGUCCGUCUUGGGAGUCAGUUGCAACAUAUUGGUGCCUCUCAUCAAACACGUGUUCUGUCAAAUAUUCUUCAUCAAACAAGGACUAAAAGUUAUCCUUUUAGAACAUUAUGUCAAUCAAAAUCUGUAUGUUACAUUUCAAAACCAAACAAAAAUAUCGGUGUGUAUAAAUUACAACAUUUGUUAAAUACACAAUGCCUGCGUUCGUCACAAUGCCUUGUAAUCAGGUGUUUAUCCAGUGACUCAAAAGGAAGUUCUCAGCAAGAAGAACGAAGGAAAACAAUCACACUUUACUGCUUUUCACUGGCCUUGUUUAUGUUGGGGAUGGGCUUUGCAUCUGUGCCACUGUAUCGAAUCUUUUGUCAGGCCACUGGACAGGGAGGCAAAGCUGUAAGAGGACAUGAUGUAGACAAGGUCGAAAAUAUGGAAAAAGUCGAAGAAAGGAUCAUCAAAGUGAUUUUUAGAGCAGAUAAAAUAUCUUCACUACGGUGGAAAUUUGAACCCCAGCAGUCUUUUGUGAAGGUUGCUGUAGGAGAGACUGCCCUGGCUUUUUACACAGCUGAAAACCCAACAGACGAACCAAUUGUGGGUGUGUCAACAUACACUGUAAACCCGAUAGAGGCUGGACUUUACUUCAAUAAAAUCCAGUGUUUUUGUUUUGAAGAACAGUUACUGAAACCACAUGAAAAGGUGGAUUUGCCAGUGUUUUUCUACAUUGACCCUGAGUUCCAUGACAACGUUUUCCUGGCAGACUGUACUAAUGUGGUUCUCUCCUACACCUUCUUCCAAGCCAAACCAGGACUCCACUUACCCCUACCAGGCUUUCAUUCAGCAAAAUCUUGACCCCUGGUCAAAUAUGAGAUUUUUCAUGCCUCUCUGGUGAAUCAGACAUUUUGUGCUGCUGUCUACAGGCCAGGUAGACUCUGCAGUACUCAUUGUGACUAAAGUCAUGGUAAAUGCUUAACGGUUUUCAUUUGUCAGACUUUAGGACGAGUGAUCUGGAUGCAGCUUUCCUUCUCAACACAAAUCACUUUCAACAACAUGAUGUCAUCUCGUUGUUAUUUUGUUACAGAAAUGUGGACAAAUGUUUUGAUUCAAGGACAUCAACUUUUUAAAUAUUUCUACUCUGUUGAUGUAUAAGUAGAUUGAACCUGUCCAUUAGAACACUGAAGUUCCUGUAACAGUAUGAUGUGUAACAGGAUGGGUGUAAUUCUAAUUGCUACACAAUGUACCUGACAUACAGGUGUCUUUUCAUGUCUAAGAUAAAUUAGAUAUACAGAUAUGGAAUAUGUGUAAUCUAAGUUGCUUGAUCUCCUUUGAUUAUUGUGUUGGGCAUAAUUCAUUGUAAAAAGACUGCAGAAACAACAUGUGAUUGUAAACUUUCUGUGAUUUUGUGAAUAAAAUAAAUUAUUAGAUUAAAA